UUAUAUUAGUGCAGCUGUACCUUUAAUUUAAAUGCCCUUGGAGUCUGCUGGGGAAGAGAAAUAAUACUGUCAGUCAGUAUGACAUGCAGAUGAGUGCCGUCGAUCUUAGAAUCACCGCACACUUCACUCAUUUGGGCAGUCACGGGGCCAAAACCAGAGUGUGGAGCCACAGGUGGCGGUGGAGGCAGCAGCAAUGGAAGGCCAUACAGCACGCUAUCACAAAAUGGAACCCACCAACAGUGUAAGGAGACCUGAAAGUGGCACAUGGCAGAGUCUGGCGAUGAAGUCAGCAGCAAUGGGAGGCCGUACAGGGACCCAUGACACACUCUGGACCUGGCAGCAGCAAGAGGAGGCGGUACAGGGGCCCAUGGCAGAGUGGCGGAGCGGAAGCAGCUUCAAUUGAAGGCCAUACGAGCGCACAGGGC